UUGCUGAUAACUGCUAGUGCUUUCGGAUUCAUCACUGCCUGUGUGCAUAGCAUUCGCUGUGUAGACCAGACACGAGUGAAAUAGCAGGGCAUAUGCGGUGGUAACCGAGCGAACGUACUGGAAUCUCCAAACAGUCCCCGGAACGGAUUACUGCCUAGAAUCUGGUUGCUAUUCGUAUACGUGGGUUUUUAGCGCACUGUUCUACCAACUGCGGGCCUCUCCAGUUUACUGAAAAGUGGGUGUCUGCUCAGCGGUGUUGAAGCAGCGGCGAACACAUAAGUGUUCUCGAUGGCUGGCUGGAAAGACGGCUCGGUGCAGGAAAAGUAUCGGCUGGUGGUGGUUGGAGGUGGCGGUGUCGGGAAAUCAGCCCUAACUAUCCAGUUCAUUCAGUCCUACUUUGUCACAGACUAUGACCCCACGAUUGAAGACUCCUACACCAAGCAGUGUGUGAUCGACGAGAGGGCAGCCAGGCUUGACAUCCUGGACACUGCAGGCCAAGAAGAGUUUGGAGCCAUGCGAGAACAAUACAUGAGGACAGGGGAGGGCUUCCUGCUGGUCUUCUCCGUCACCGACAGAGGAAGCUUUGAAGAAAUCUACAAAUUCCAAAGACAAAUUCUUCGAGUGAAAGACCGGGAUGAGUUCCCCAUGAUCCUUGUAGGAAACAAAGCAGAUCUUGAUCCACAGAGACAAGUUACCCAGGAGGAGGGACAACAGUUAGCCAGACAACUAAAGGUCACAUACAUGGAGGCCUCAGCUAAAGUACGAAUGAAUGUAGACCAGGCUUUUCACGAGCUGGUUAGAGUCAUCAGGAAAUUCCAGGAGCAGGAAUGUCCACCUUCGCCGGAACCCACGAGGAAAGAAAAAGACAAGAGUGGCUGCCAUUGUGUGAUUGUCUGAGUAGGCCUUAUCAUUAUAUUACCCCUGCAGCCUGUUUGAAAUGGCCACGCCCUCUGCCUGACAACACAUCCUCCCAGGAGGACUUCAGCAUGACUUCAGACGACUUCGCCAGCCGCGCUUUUAGCAGAAAACUGCUUCCCCUGCCUGACCGUACACAAACUGACAAUGCCAAAUUGAAACACCACGCUACCUUCCUGAGCAACCCCCUCACGUCACAAUAAGAGAGUCCCAACACUAAACAUUGCCUUCCUAAUCACGUAACAAAUUAAUGUUUUGUAAUCUAAAGGACUGCUCUCGCCUUGUUGUGUCAUUGUACUGCCUGAGAUUGUAUAUUCA